UGGGAAAGAAACGCCUUAUUGCGGACGCUUAGAGUGCUCACUGUGUUGGUAGAAAGGCUUUGGUGUUGGCUUGACAGGACGUGCCGUCGGUGCUGGGGGAGCUCGGCCGAGAGCCUGGAGGUCUCUAUGGCGCUUGGUGACCCCUCCGUGGCCAUCCAGCCCACCAUCUGGCGGACACUACACAACCGUAGGCACACUCACACACUCAUCGCACACAGGGGAAAGCGGCCACAUGCAUGAGAAUCUGUGUGUGUGGUGUGCUGUGUGUGUGUGUGUGUAGGGUUCAACUUGGUGAUUCUGCCGACGAUACUGAUACUGGCGGCGCGUGACCUUCUUCGAUGGGAGUCUGACUACUACACGCAGCUGUUUGUGCUGCUGUACUUUGUGAUAGACACUGCCUGGAUCGGCCUCAUGGGCUACAGGGUCGUCAAGGACCCCCAGUCUAUUAUGGUCCACCACCUUGCCGCAAUCGUACUCGUCGCGGGCAGCAUGCUCAAGGAGUCUUGGAGGCCUUUCUGGAGCACCGGGGCCCUCAUAGGUGCGGAUGUGUUGUGUGUGGUGGGUUGCUGCUUCACUCGUCAGACUCCGUGUGUUGCCUGUCCUGUCGGCUCGUCUGUGUGUGCAUCAGAAGUGAGCACCAUUCUGUUGCUGACGCUGAGAUCGGGCAGGGUGAGCAAACAGAACAGCUGGCGUGGCUGGCAUGCCCUCCUUGAUCCGGAAACACACGUCUGUCUGGUCUGAAUGAGUGUGUGGUAUGUGUAGGUAUCUAACAAGCACUUGUCGUCGAUGAUCCACAUGGCUUUUCUGGUGAGCUGGUUCCCACUAAGGUGGGGCGUGCCCCUCUACAUCAUGUACAGCUGCUGUAAGCACACUCUCACGCACACACACACACACACAAGGCAUGUCAGGCAGUCAGUCUCCACGAUUCUUCAUCCGUGUGUGUGUUGGUUCAACCGACCAUUGGUUGGUUCUCUCUGCAGGGAGCAGCUUUCGGGCUGGUGAGGAGCCGAUCUUCGGCAUUGCUGCCAUCUUUGCUGCGGCAUGUGUACUGCUGCACAUGCAGGUACGUACGUGCCAUGGUCAUGCACUCUCUGACAAAUGACCAACCAACGCCUGAAACAACUAGGAACAUAUCACUCAUAUUUGUGUUGUGUGUCCUUUCUUUCUCUCUUGACGUGUGGUGUCGUCUCACUCAUAUGGUGGAUGAUAGGUCAAGUGGAGUGCGAAGCUGAUGACGGGCCAGAUAAGGACGAUGGUCUCACACGGCCUCUGACACCGUCUCACCCACACGCGUACCGGUGUGGCUGCCGAUUUGCUUUUCUUCUCCUGCCCUCUACUAUACUCACUCACUCACUCCCUCUCUGGCUGGCUGGCUGCCUGUCUGGUCUGCCCUGCCCCUUUCUUCAAGACAGACGACAGACCCUAUCUUAUCUAUGUAGACAGACGUACGAGGAUGUGUCCAGUCCAUGCGUGGAGCAUCGACAUCGGUCCAUUCAGCGAUGGAGUGACUCUUUCACCCAAAGCAGAGCAGACGGCCUUUUGUUUUUUUUGGCAUGCCUGGCUGUCACAUCACCCACAAACAGGCGAUAUGAUGUGGGCAGUGAGAGUGAACUUCCUUCCAUCCACCGGUCAUGUCGGUCAUGUAUGUGAUGUGAUGUGCACGCCGGAGAUGAUUUCCUCACACGGCAGGGAGUCUCUCGGACGGCCGGGGGCGGGGCGUGGCGUGAUUGGAUUCUCCAGUUUUCCUGCUCGCCCUUUCUUUCUCGAGCCAUGACCGUGGGAUGCAUUGCAAACAUGACAUGGAUCCAUCAAUGGAUGGAUGCAUGGAUGCCAUCCAUCAUGAUCGAUCAAAGACCCGCCAGGCUCACCAGCCCACACACACACUACACGUGCAGUGCAGAAUCCACCCGUCCGUCCAGCGAUUCAUCAGCGAUUUUUGACGCGCUGCAUGAGCUGAGAGGGACCGAAUUGAUUGAUUGACCGACGACGGAGGGACGGAGGGAGGGUGAAUGCGUGGAUGAUCGAGUGGUUUGCUCGGCUACGUCUGUUGUCCGCCUGUUGUGUGUGAGGGUUUUGUUUGAUGCCUGUCUGGAGAUUCUGGUCCGUCUGUCAGUCGGUCGGCUGGUUGUGCUGGCUGGUUGGUUGGUUGCAUUUUUGUCCCGGUUCUUGUUCCCCACUGGCUUGCUGUCUUCCUGGCUUGCUUUCCUGUGUGUAAUCCUUCCUGGCUUUCUUGCCCUGGCUGACUGGCUUGGUCUCCCCCAACGAUCGAUCGCGUGUGCAGCUGUGAUAAUGAGCAGAGAGAGAGGGAGAGAGAAAGAGAGAAAGAGAGCGGGCCGUUGUUUGUGUGGGUGUACAGUUGGGGGGCGUACCGUGAGCUGCGUGGGUAACGAACGCAGUUAGUUCUGUUUUCUCCUCCUCCCUCUCUCCCUCUCCCCUUUUCGGUGUGGUGUGGUGUGGUGUGCCGGCCGGCAUGUAGCCGGCGCCUUUUUGUCUGCUGUCUGCCGGGCUGUCUGUCUGUCUGUCUGUUUCUUGGUUUGUCUGUCUGUCAAUGCUCUCUCAUGAUUGAAGGACGGGGAGUGAGGGACGGGGCCCCUCAGCACACCGAAAGGAGCCCCUCAUCUCUCCCAUACAUACAUACAUACAUACAUACAUAACAUACGCAGACAGACAGACAGACAGAACGGUGUGUUGAUCGCACGAUGGAUGACCAGUACUUGUGCUUCCUUGGUUGUCUUGGCGAGGGUGUGGGUAGGUGAGGUGGUGGGUGGAUUGCAAGGACGAACACCACAUCGACGUGACGUGGGUGUAUUUGUAUGUUGGUGUGUGUGGUGUGUGUUCAACGCGUUGGUGUGUGGUGUGAUGCUGUCUCUCUGUAUUACGACUCAGUGCUGCGCGUGUUGCCCUGCGGACUGCUUGCAGCAUCACCUUCUUCUUCUUCUUCUUCUUCUUCUUCUUCUUCUUCUUCAUAUUUAAUGCCCUUGCCGUGU